AAUCUGCAUCGCCAUCACACGGCGGCUGAAAUAGCACUAAGCAAGAUAAGUCAUGAAGUCGGCGUCUCCUCAUGUCGAGACCUCCCCCUGUUUCUCGGUUUCCUUUGUCUGUGAUCUUGCUAUCAGAAAUACUCUCCUGGACCGAACCUCAAAAUGCUUCACAUUUACGCCGUACUUGUCGCGCUGACCAUCCAUCUGAGUGCAGGGUGGUGUCAUACUGUCAUCACAUAUCCUCCAUGGAGAGGGAACAAUCUCAUCACCAAUGGCACUAAGCCAGAACACGAUAUGACUGCCAUGGGAGAGAACUAUGUCGAUGGUCAAUACACAUUCCCAUAUGGCCAGCAGUGGAUGUAUCCUUGUGGAGGUAUGCCGAUGAGCACGAACAGAAGUCUGUGGCCGGUCUCUGGUGGUGCACUUGCUGUUCAGCCAGGAUGGUUUCAAGGCCACAAGACGGCGAUGUUCUAUGUCAAUAUUGGCAUCAACGGCCCCGGAGAGGUUGCGCCACCGAACAUGUCACACCCGGUCGCAGGGCCUUUCCAGAUAACAGGACCAACGAAUGUCGAAUAUCCAGGCACGUUCUGCCUACCCCAAGUGCCACUGGUACCCGAUGUCACAUUCAAUAUUGGCGACAACAUAACAAUACAAGUCGUCGAGCUUGCACAACACGGUGCAGCCAUCUACAAUUGUGCAGAUGUAACACUGGCGGAUCCAGCCGACGUACCAGAAGUAAACGCAUCCAACUGCUUCAACUCGUCCGAUUUGAGCUUCCAGCUAGUCUAUGCGACUGGCAAUCUCAGCAGCAGUGCUUUGCCGGUAGCCGUGCCUUGCUCAUCGAUGUCUGUCACACUGCCAGUACUCGUUACCAUCUUGGCCUUUAUGUUGUGGUAGAACCAGAAGAAAAAGAAAAAGCAGAAGAUAUUGCAUGACCGUUGUUUGGCGUUAUGGGAAGAUACUCGCACUGGAUAUUCCACCAGUUGCUGCUCGUCUAUUCUGAUUUUAGGAGCCCGGCGUUUUGUUCAUACUAUACCAAACAGCGAUGCCUGUGUUUAUAAUCAAUCAGAUCUCCUUUUUACUUUCAGA